AUGUCUGAUGAUUGUGACAUUUUAGGACCAUUAGGAUUUGGAAUACAAAUUCUAUUAGGUGUGUUUUCAUUCUUUAUUUUGAUUUGUAAUUAAAAAUUUUAUGAUUAGAUAAAAGAAUUGUGGAGAAACCAAAGAGGCAAUGGAAAGUUUGGGGAUUAGAUACAUCAAAAUAAGGAUGUUCGUAAGUCUUUGCUCAUUUUUUAAAUGUUGCAUUGGCUAUACAUUUGUCAGGUGAUUCUGAUGAAUGUGUUUGGUAGCUAAGUAUUUAUAAUUAAAAGGUAUUUGGCUACAUUGCUAUUGGAUACAACAAUGGGAGUAUUAUUUAGUUAUGUAAUCCUAAAAUUAGUUGAAAUUACAUUAGAGCAUUUUUAAAUGGCAGUAAGAUAACAAUCAUUUAGAAUUAUCGUUCAGGAAACUAUUUUUUAAUAAUUAUGCCGGAUGACCAAGUGAAAAAAAAUGAAAUGGAUAAUAAAGAUAAAGUGCCAGCAGGUACUAAUCUUAUCAAACCUAUUAUUAAAAUUGAUUUAAAGGCUUGGUUUAUUUAGUUAAUUUUAUGGAUAUUAGUAGUGGCAAUUGUAAAAAUUCAUAUAUUUAAAAAUAGUCAAAAUUCUUCCUUUUUUUAUUGCAAUUAGCAAUUGGUUUCAUAUUAGAAAGCAUUUCUUAAUUUAUUUUAUCUCCAUUUUCAGAUUUGGCAACUCUUAAAUUAGUAAUUGUGAUGUGUAUAAUUCCUGUUUUUAUGAAUGGUUUACAAGUAAAUAAACAAAAAAAAUUAUUUUAAGUUUUGGGUUUAAGAUAAUUUUUUAAAAAAGACUGAAUUCACAAUCCAAGAAAAAAAGUACGUUUUAAGUGAAAUGUAUGUAGAUGAAGAAUUAACAAAUUUUGCAUAAUUAGAUAAUUUUGUAAAUAAUCCAGUAUAAAUAAUUUAUCAAUUUAUGACAUAGGAAGUGAAAAGUGAAAAUUGUUUAGAUAAAUUGCAUAUGGAAAUGGCUAAUGUUGGUGUAGGUGUAUAAUAAAUAACAAAAGGAUAUCAAAAGGCUGAUUUUGAAUGA